UUAUUUUGACGAUUACUACCAUACUGCUAGUGGCACAUGUUCAAGACCAAGCGCCAAGAUAAAUCUUGUUUUUUUUUUUUGCUUCGAGUACUAGUAAAGCAAAAUCGGUGUAAAGAUCAGCAAAGAUCCUGUGACUACGAUUUCUUUCGGCUCUAAAGUCACAGGAAACUUAGCUCCCUCAAAGAGCUCUCGGGGAAAGACAAAUAGCCACGGGUUACUGUCUCGUCUCAAGCUAGCUAAGAAGUCAAUUAAAGUAUUUCCACUGGAAGCAGGCAAGCAAAAGAGAGAACACAAGCAAGACUGGAGGAAGACGAUGUCGGAGGAGCUUGCAGAAACAGACAGUGUGGAUUAUAUGGAAACAGAUCUCAGCCCAAGCAGAAAUGGAGAAGAUACACCAUCUCCUCAGUUUAAUGAGGACAGUCCUAAGGUAGGUAGCGAAGUGGAGGGAUCCCCUGAGCCAGAGCAGGGAGACGGAGACCAAGGAAGGCCUCCAAACUGUACCGAUAAAGACCAUGACCCAUGUCAAUCCGAGGGUACCUUGGUAAUGACUAUCAGCAACAUCAACAAGCUAUCAGAUCAAUCUUUCAGUGAACCUGUGUUUAUCCGAAAUCUUCCAUGGCGUCUGAUGGUAAUGCCUCGAGAAGUAAAUCAAGACGGAGAGAAAGUCAAGUGUCUUGGGAUCUUUGUCCAGUGCAACCCCAAGUCUCCCGAGUCAAUGAGCUGGAACGUGACUGCUCGUGCCAAGAUCACCAUCGUCAACUGGAAAGAUCCGGAGAACAACCACUCACGAGAAAUUCACCACUGCUUCUGUGCUAGGGAGAAUGACUGGGGGUACAGCAAUUUAAUGGCAAUGAAGGAUGUGCUGGACGAGAGCAAAGGAUUUGUCCUCGACGACCAGGUGUCUCUCCAGGCUAUAGUAGAGGCAGAGGCCCCUCACGGCAUUCACUGGGACUCUCGUAAGCACACUGGCUUUGUUGGUCUCAAGAACCAGGGUGCCACUUGCUACAUGAACUCCCUCCUUCAGACGCUGUACUGCACCAACAAACUGAGAAAGGCUGUGUACCUAAUGCCCACUGACUCGGACGACCCGGUCAAGAGUGUUCCCCUGGCACUGCAGAGGCUCUUUUACGAGCUGCAGCACAACGACAAACCUGUUGGAACAAAGAAACUAACGAAGUCAUUUGGGUGGGAUACUCUAGACAUCUUCAUGCAGCAUGACAUUCAAGAGUUGUCUCGUGUGCUACUGGAUAACAUCGAGAACAAGAUGAAGGGAACCUUGGUAGAGGGCACUAUUCCUGCUCUGUUCGAGGGUCAGAUGGAGUCUUACAUUCGCUGCACCCAGGUAGACUAUGUUUCCUCUCGGUUGGAAACUUUCUUUGACAUUCAACUCAAUGUCAAGGAGAAGAAGAAUGUGAUAGAGUCAUUCCGUGACUACGUUGAGGUGGAGACAAUGGAUGGAGAAAACAAGUACGAUGCUGGAGAACAUGGCUUACAGGAGGCUAAGAAAGGAGUAGUGUUUGUGAAGCUCCCCCCAGUGCUCCACCUCCACCUCAUGAGGUUUCAGUAUGACCCAAUCACUGAUUCUAACAUCAAGCUGAAUGACAGGUAUGAAUUUCCAGUGAACCUUGAUCUUGAGAAGUUCUUGAAGGUGAAGGAGGAUACUCCAGCCCGGUACACACUGCACGCUGUCCUGGUCCACAGUGGGGACAACUAUGGUGGGCACUACGUGGCCUACCUUAAUCCUGGUGGAAAGGGGACGUGGCUCAAAUUUGACGAUGAUGUUGUCUCAACGUGCUCUCGAAAGGACGCCAUUGAGAACAACUUUGGUGGAUCAGAUGAUGCUCUUGGAAUCAGAAACUGCACCAAUGCCUACAUGUUGGUCUACGUUAGAGACAGCUGUCUAGACAAUGUUCUACAAGAAGUGGUGGAGAAAGACAUUUCGGAAUCGCUGAAGAAAAGAUUUGCAGAAGAAAAACUUGCUGAGAUGCAGCGGCGUAAGGAGCGCAGUGAGGCCCAUCUCUACAUGUCAGUGGACGUGUACCUAGAGGAUGAUUUUCAGGGCCACCAGGGAUCUGAUCUUGUUGACAUGGAGGAAGUCAAACCAAAAACUUUCAGAAUUCUCAAAAUCAGCAGUUUCAGUGUCUUUCACCAGUCGCUAGCCAAUACACUGGGUUAUACUCGUGCUCGGAUUCGUGUAUGGCCGUUUGAGAAGAGGAGCAAUGGAACAAUUCGACCAACAUACGUGGAUAAACCAAAUGAUGUCAAGAAAUCAAUCUUCCAACAUGCUGACAUGAAGCCAAAGUGGAGUGUCUUUGUGGAGACUCUCUCUCCUGAGGCGGAACAUCUUGAUGCUUUACCCUCCUAUGAUUGUCGGAAUCAUGUUCUUCUGUUCUACAAGUACUACGACCCCACCAAGGGGAUGCUGAUGUAUAUGGGUCAUAUCAUUGUACCAGUAACCAUCAAAUUUGUUGAUCUUUUCCCACUGUUUUGUGAGAAAGCGUGCAUCCCUGUGAACACACCACUCGCACUCUUUGAGGAAAUAAAGCCAAACCUGGUGGAGAGAAUUGAGCCAGCUCAACCAUUGUGCAGUGAUGAGGAUGUGCGUGAUGGUGACAUACUCUGCUAUCAAAGAGAAGAUUGUAUAGCGAGCAGAUUACCACUUCCAACAGUGGAGGACUACUUCAGAGAUCUCUACAAUCGCAUUGUAGUUACAUUUUACGACAAGGCUAUUCUUAACGACCCAGGGUUUGUACUGACACUGAACCAAAGGAUGGGAUAUCCCGAGCUUGCUGGUGCUGUUGCAAGACAUCUCAAUACUGAUCCACUUUUGCUACAGUUCUUCAGACCUCAACUGACUCAAAGGGCACAGUUCACAGAUGUGGCUAUUCGCUGUGGAGUUGAAGGUUGCCUCAGAGAGAUUGUGCCAGGUCCUAGAAACAGACUAGAGUCUCCUCUAGUUCUGACAUAUCAGAGACUGACGAUUCCUAUUCAUGAGUUUGAGAACAAGAAAUGGUUUCGAUGUGUCUUUGUGAAUUCAAAGCUCCAUGAAGAGAAAGAGUUUACUGUAUACGUGAACAAGACAGGGACAGUUGAAGAGCUUCUAAAUGAAGCCGAGAAAGAGAUUACGUUUAGCAAAGACGGAACCAAGUGUUUGAGAUUGCUAGAAGUGAUGACCAACAGAAUUGUUGACAUCCAUCCACUAGACAAACCUGUCAGUGACUUAGUCUCGCAGAAGAUGUACAGAGUAGAGGAAAUUCCUAAAGAAGAUAUGGAGCUGGAGGACAGCCAGGCAUUGAUACCAGUGGCCCACUUUCACAAAGCUGCGCACAAUGUGUUUGGAGUACCCUUUCUUCUCAAGAUCACUGAUGGUGAGCGCUUAUCAUCGAUCAAGGAAAGGGUGAAGUGUCGUUUAGAUGUUCCUGACAGAGACUUUGAGAAGUGGAAGUUUGCCAUUCUUCAAACAAUAGCUCCGUUUGAUUACCUGUCUGAAGAAGAGGAUGACUCUCUUUUCAUCAUACAAUUCUACAUCAGCAAGUCCAAAGGUAUUUACUUCCCAAGGCUGGGAAUGCCCUGGUUUGGUCUGGACCACAUCAAUAAGAACCCUAAGAGAGUCAGAUACACCUUUGAGAAGGCCAUCAAGAUUCAUAAUUAACUUUAAUACAUGUCAUGCCAAUUACAUCUUUCAGGUAUUAAGUUUGGCUCUUACUUUUUGUAUAAUACAUGUAGUAUACACAUGUGUGCCAUCAUAACUCUGCUGUGUCGUAUCAAGACAAUGCUCAACUUUUGGUCACUUAUUUCACUCUGUGCAUUAAUUGUAAAACCAUGUUGUCCACACAUAACUAAA